AUGUCUACGCAAAAGGUUCUGAGACUGCCUGCCAAGGGUGCUGGCUACGAAGCCAUCACCGAAGAAGCGGAGCCGAUACCCAAAGCACAUUCGCAUGAGGUGGUGAUCAAAGUGCAAGCAUCGACGCUCAACUAUCGUGACCUCGCCAUCGCAAAAGGCGCAUACCCCUUUGCCGUCAAGGACAAUGUUUGCAUCUUGUCCGACGCGGCCGGUACCGUUGCCGCCGUUGGGCCCAAUGUCACAUCUUUCGCAAAGGAGGACAUUGUCAUCGCCAAUUUCGACACGACGCAUCAGUAUGGCCCUCAACCGGAUUGGGAGAACGGGCUGGGUGGGCCAGUCGAUGGUGUGGCGCGGCAAUACAUCACGCUGCCCGCGAGCUCUGUCGUCAAGGUGCCUAAGGCUACCAAGCUCUCGUGGGCCCAGCUUGCCGCUCUCGUCUGUACCGGUACGACCGCGUGGAAUGCCCUCUACGGCAACCUUCCUCUCAAGCCAGGUCAGUGGGUUCUCUUCCAAGGAACGGGUGGUGUUUCGAUGACGGGACUUCUGUUGGCAAAGGCCGCAGGCGCAAGAACCAUCAUCACAUCUUCAUCGGAUGAGAAGCUCGAGAAAGCAAAGACCGAGUACGGUGCCGAUCAUACAAUCAACUACACAACGACACCCGAGUGGGGCGCAGAGGCCAUGAAACUCACAGAGGGCGCGGGCGUAGACAUCAUCUUCGAAAAUGGCGGGUCGGGAACCAUCGCUCAGUCGUUUGAAGCUGUCGCCCAAGGUGGUCAGAUUGCAGUCAUUGGGUUUCUCAAGCCUGCUGCACAAGAAGAAAUGCCGGAUGUCGCGACCCUUGUGCUCGGCAAAGGCUGCAUAGUUCGUGGUGUCAACGUCGGUUCCAAACAGCUCACGCAAGACAUGGUCAACUUUGUGGCGAGCAAGAAUUUGGCUAUUCCGAUUGAGAAGACCUUCAAAUUUGAAAAGGAUCAGGUGAUUGAGGCGUACAAGGAGCUGGAAAAGGCGACACAUGUCGGCAAGAUUGCCAUCGAGAUUGCGUCGUAG